AUGCCACCAAAGAAGUCAAAACAAACAACCAUAACUAUCCUCAAGCUCAAAACAAGCAAACUUACAUACUUGCUCCCUCUCGCCACAAUAACAUUAGACAAUAUACGCAUUGACCUAGCCACAGCCAUAAAUAAUUCAGGCGGAAUACCUAGCCAAGAUGAGACUGACGAAAUCAAACGAGAAAAUGAAGAAGAAGAUUUGAUGGAUGAAGACAGUAUACCAGUACCGAAAUCUGAAUUUGAAGUAGUUGAACAAGAUGUGAGUGGUAAUGGGAGCGAUGUACAGCAUGUUGAUCCAGAAGAAUUAAGAGUCGCUAUUCCUAGAAAUAGGUCUUCGCCUUAUGAUAAUGAAUGGAUCGAGUUGACGGAAGAUAAUAUAAAUGAGGUUGAGUUUAAAGAUUACGAUAUUUUAGCAUUUACUACUAGUUCUGAUGACAAGUUUGCCAUUGUGGAAGCAGCAUACAACGAGUAA